AUGAAGUGUGUGUUGUCUUCUAAAAAUUCCACGAAAGCUGAUGGUGUUGGAAUAGCCACAAUCAUUGUUGAUUGCAUCAAGGACAAGGCAAAUAUUUUGGCACUCAACACCACAAACUUGGCUUCCACAACGCAUGGAAAACUCAAACCUUUUUAUCAAACAUGUGCCAAAGACUAUGAUUACAUUGCAAAGAAAGAGUUAAUUUUGACCAAGAAGGCUUUGCACAAACACGAAUAUGACAAUGCUGAAUCUUGUAUGGUUAAAGCUCUAACUAUUCAUGUUGCAUGCCGCGCGCCUGUGGAGUAUUACUGCGAUGAAGUGCCAAGUGGUGUUAUUGAUGAUAUGAAUACAUAUGAGGAGCUCUGUGAGGCUGCUUCUACAGUAAUUACAAAGCUUUAG